GAGGACCCAAUGUAUUCCGAUCAAAGUGGUAAAUAUAGUUCUCUCGAUAUCCCGGAUAUUUUCAAUUUUUCAUUCUAAUUACAUACUUACGGGGUCCACAUUCUCGUCAGUUUAAUAAACAAAAUGACAUACGCUCUCAGAGGCCGACAAGUGCUCAUUACGGGGGGCUCAAGAGGCUUAGGUGCUUUGGUUGCUGAACGAUUCGCAGCCGAGGGAUGUAAUGUUGCCAUCAAUUAUUUAUCCAGCAAACUCGUGGCGGAAGAACUAGCAGAGAAGUUGAGAAAGAAGUACAACAUCACUGCAUGUUCUAUUCAAGGAGAUACUGCACUUCAGUCCGACUGUAAGAAAUUGAUUAGUGAAUGUACUCAAAAGCUUGGAAAUGUCGAUAUCGUUAUCUCCAAUGCCGGAUGGACCAAAUUCACCGACUUCGGUGACCUCUAUGCUAUGACAGAGGAAGAAUGGGACAAGUGCUGGGCUGUAAAUGUAAAAGGACAUUUCCACCUUCUUAGAGACGCGAUGCCACGGUUCGAGGAAAACGCAGAUGGCGGUGUGUUUCUAAUCACUAGUUCAAUUGCUGGGAAGUAUCCGUCAGGAAGCAGUCUGCCAUAUGCAACCACAAAAGCAGCGGCAAUUCACAUGAUGAAGGGUAUUGCAAUGACAAAAGGGCCUAAACUACGCAUAAAUGCCGUGUGUCCUGGAGUAUUGUUGACUGAUUGGGGCCGACAAUUCAGCGACGAGUAUCUUGAAGGCAUUAAGGACAAAUCUGCUUUGAAGAAACUGGCAGAUAUCGAAGAUGUGGCAGACCUUUACAUAAGCUUGUCCAAAAAUAAAUCAAUUACCGGAAGCGCAGUUGGGAUUGAUUCUGGUCGGUAUAUCUUUUAAGCAUAGCAUGCUUAGCCUACAUUGUUCGAGUGUGAUAUGACCAGAGUAGAGAAUGCGAUUUGACAUAUAUAACUUAUUUCUUUGUGGACACUGAAGAAUAUUUUUCUUUUCGAACCUAGAGCCGAGUGGAGCCGAGAUAUCAAUAGCCAUCUGGCAUUUAAAAUUCCCACUAAGUCCUUUGGAGCCGUGCCUUAUUUGAAUAAGAAAGAUGACUGGGAGCUGUGG